AUGGUUAAACGCGCAAGCACAUUUCAGACAGUUAUUGAGAAACCUUCCUUCCCCAACGAAGAAGAAAAUAUCCUUUCUUUAUGGAAAAGUAUCGACGCUUUCCAGACUUCUCUAAAAAUGAACAAGGGAUGUCCUAAGUAUACCUUUUAUGAUGGUCCUCCAUUCGCAACAGGCCUUCCUCACUAUGGCCACAUCGCAGCUGGGACUAUUAAAGACGUCGUCACUCGUUAUGCUCACCAGAAUGGCUAUGAUGUAGAAAGAAGAUUUGGGUGGGAUUGCCACGGUCUGCCAAUUGAAUUCGAAAUUGACAAACAAGAAGGGAUCAAGACCAAAAAAGACGUCCUUCAGCUUGGAAUUAAAGCUUAUAAUGAAAAAUGUAGAGGAAUCGUCAUGAGAUAUUCCCAAGCUUGGGAUGAAGUUGUCACCAGAACUGGUCGGUGGAUUGAUUUCAAGAACGAUUAUAAAACCAUGGACAUCAACUUCAUGGAAAGUGUGUGGUGGACUUUCAAGCAGAUUUUCGACAAAGGCCUAGUUUAUAGAUCUAGCAGAGUCAUGCCUUACUCUUGUGGAUGCAAUACAGUGCUUUCGAAUUUUGAAGCUAACAUGAAUUAUAUUGACAAGCGAGACCCAAGUAUGAUAGUGUCCUUCCCGGUCCUCUCUGACCCAAAUACUUCUUUCCUUGCAUGGACUACAACCCCAUGGACACUUCCAGCAAACUUGGCAAUUGCUGCUAAUCCUGCUCUUGAUUAUGUGAAAAUCAAAGUAAAAAAUUCUGAUAAGCACUAUAUCCUCCUUGAAGCCCUCCUUAAAUCAGUCUGCAAAGAAAUUGGUCUUCAGCAAUACGAUAUCGUUCAAAAAUUCAAAGGCUCUGAAAUCAUCGGUCUCGAAUAUGAGCCACUUUUCCCUUAUCUAAACUCCUACAAAGAGCGUGGCUGCUUCAAAGUUUACCCAGGAGAUUUCGUUACAAGUGAUACUGGUACUGGACUCGUUCAUUGUGCUCCUUAUGGUGAGGAAGAUUUCAAUGUGUUUAUUAAAGAAGGUCUAAUCAGAUCUGACAACCCUCCAGACGUACUAGACGAAAAUGGAAUUUUCACCCCAGAAUGUCCAGAAUUAUCUGGAAUCAAAUUUAGUGAUGCUUAUGACACAAUUAAAACGAUUCUCAAGGCAAACGGAAGACUGUUGCAUGCAGGACUUUACGACCACAGUUAUCCUUACUGCUGGAGAAGCAAUACCCCACUUAUUUACAGACCAGUGAAGUCUUGGUUCAUUAGAGUAGAAGCAGUAAAAGAAGAUUUAUUGAGAAACAAUAUGCAAGCUAGAUGGGUGCCUGCUUUUGUACAGGAAAAAAGGUUCCAUAACUGGCUUCAAGAUGCAAAAGAUUGGUGUUUUUCAAGAAACAGGUUUUGGGGCAACCCAAUUCCAUUGUGGGUCAGCGAUGAUUUUGAAGAAGUUGUAUGUGUGGGCUCUGUACAGGAGCUGAAAGACCUUACUGGGGUGCAGGAUAUUACAGACUUGCAUAGAGAGUCAAUUGACCAUUUGACAAUUCCUUCAAAAAUGGGAAAAGGCCAGCUUCAUAGAGUUGAAGAAGUCUUUGACUGUUGGUUCGAGAGUGGAGCUAUGCCUUAUGCUCAAUGCCACUAUCCAUUCUCUAUCACCCCUGAAGAGUUUAAAGAGCGCUUCCCUGCUGAUUUUAUUGCAGAAGGCCUUGACCAAACCAGAGGAUGGUUCUAUACACUAGUUGUAUUAGGAACUUGUGUAUUUAAUCAGAAUCCUUUUAAAAACCUUAUUGUUAAUGGUCUAGUUUUGAAUUCAGAAGGACAGAAAAUGUCAAAAAGCAAGCAGAAUUAUACACCUCCUAUGGAAAUCAUUGAAAAAGAAGGCGCUGAUGCAGUAAGGCUGUAUUUGGUUAGCAGCCAGCUAGUUAGGGCUGAGCCUUUGAAAUUUAAAGAUGAAGGCGUAAGAGAGAUGAUUAGGGAUGUAUUUUUGCCAUGGUAUAACGCUUAUAGAUUCUUCAUCCAAAACGCUAAUAGGUAUGAAGCUGCACAUCAGUGCUUAUAUAAAUUCGAUCCAUCUUCAAUUAGAGCAUCUACAAACUUCAUGGACAGAUGGAUCGUUGCUGCAUCUCAAAACCUGAUUAAAACUGUCAGAUUUGAGAUGGAGAACUACAGACUCUACACUGUCGUGCCAGCUUUGCUUAAAUUCUUAAACGACUUGACAAACUGGUAUGUCAAGCUGAACAGAAAAAGACUAAAAGAAACAGAUCCAGUUGACACAAAGCUUGCCUUAGACAUCUUAUUUGACUCUUUGUUAAACGUAACCUUGCUGAUGGCUCCUUAUACUCCUUUCAUUACAGAACUUAUUUAUCAGAACUUAAGCAGAGGCCUACCAGAAGGAUCUUCUCAAAAACAAGACUCAGUCCACUAUGUCAGAAUCCCUCAAUUCAGCCAAGACUUGCUGAAUCCAGAGAUUGAGGCUUCUAUUUCUCGCAUGCAGACCAUUAUUGAGCUUUGCAGAAAAGUCAGGGACGUUAAGAAAAUCCCAUUGAAAACUCCAGUAAAUGAAGUUAAGAUUAUUCAUAGAUACAGCCAUUAUUUGGACUCGUUGGCUCCACUUGUUCCUUAUAUUAAAGAAGAGCUUAACUGCUUUAAUGUUACUUUUGAGCUAGAAAGACCUGAAAUUGUGUCAUUGACUGCUGUACCAAAUAAUGCUGUUUUAGGUGGAAGACUGAAAAAACAGUUCAAUAAGGAAUUUAGAGACACUAUUAACAAUCUGCCAAGCAAUUUAAUUGAAGAGUAUGAAGUGAACAAAAGAAUUGAAAUUCUCGGAGUGGCUAUUGAAGAAGGAGAAAUCUUUGUGAGGAGAGCCUAUAAAGGAGAAAACCCUGACCUUGGUGCUGCAGGAGAUAAUGAUGUGAUUGUUGUAGUUGAUUGCAAAAUGAACGAAGAACUACUACUUGUCGGAACUGCCAGAGAAUUCGCUAACCAUGUACAGAAAUUAAGGAAAUCAAGCGGCUUACAAGUAGAAGAUGACAUUGUGCUGUAUUACACUCAGACAGGGCCAUACUAUGGAAAACUGCUUGAGGAGAAAGGAGAAUUGAUCAGAGGAAUCCUAAAAAUCCCAAUCCUCCCUCUGGCCCAGAAGGAAGACGACCAAAUCUUCAUUGCGAAAGAAGAAAUUCAGCAUGAAGAAGAAAAACUUGAAUUUAGCUUAUAUUGGAGAAAUCCACCAGAUAAUUAA